GGGAUGACAUCAUCGACUCGGGCGAGCAUACUGUUAAUUUGUGAAGGGAGGCGAAAAAUCAUAAUAAAUACAUUUAGCGGACAUUUGUGUAUUGUAUUGUCUCGAAUCACCGACAGUGGAUUAAGUACGUGUUUAAAAAAAUAUUAAAAAGCCAAGAGAUUAAUGUCGCGAUUCACAAAUGUAGAAACCAUAAUCAGAAAAUCAGCAUGUACCCCUGUCGUAGUGAUUCACCUUGACAACCCAAACAAAAAGUGCGCAUUGAGAAAUAAACACAAGAAAAUAAUUUAUUAAAUAAUGUGUUGUCCUGGGUGAUGUGUAAAACAGAUUACUGUUGUGAUGUUUACAGUCACGUUGUUGAAUACAGUGAAUUGUUGUCCAAAUUGACUACCAGACCCAUUCACUCACAAACUAUAAGUUGAAUCUGCAAAAAAAUAUUCAAGUCAUGUGAGAACAACACCAUCACAAAUUGUUUAAUGGAGGAAAGCUUUUCAAAAUAUAAAUUCAAUUGCUUCAAUGCUUCUUUUUCACUUUGAUCUCCACCUGUUAUUUUUUUUCUUCUUUUCUUCAUUUGCUCUUCACAUAGCCAUGCAAACACAGCUGGGUUUUAUUUGUUUGUUUGUUUACUAACCUGCCCAGUCAUGUGACAUCAGUCUACUUACCUAUAAAUUGGCUAGCCUCAGACUGUCCAUUGUCAUUUUCUUCAGUGGAACUACCAUGAGUCAUUCAAGAUUUGACAUCCUACUGAUAACUUUUAUUUUGCAGGGUUUUAUCAUGGGGACUGUGACUUGCAUACAGAAAAAAGACUCAAUAGACACUCCAUCAGCAAAAGUACCAGAUGGCGACGUGGCAUGUUUCUCAGAGUACAUGGAGGUGUGGAUCCACCGUGUGAGGAUUGAUGGCUUUAGGGACUGGCUUUCAGGGGCCUUGCAGAUCCGAGUCAACCUCGAGUCCUUGGAUCAUUUAAACCUCCACCUGUCUGGCUGUGGAUUCUCACUACACAAAGACCUUGAUAAGAACUAUAUUUUUAGGGUCAGUUACACCGGGUGUUUUGUCCAGCAACAGGAUGGCUACAAUGUCCUUAUGCUGAAUUUGGUGAAGAGGAUAAGCCGUUUUGGAGGCAGAGCAGACCGUUUGAUGAUGAAAUGUCCAGUGGUUUCUGUGUUUCCCAACAGAGAGCACAUUCAGUGUGACCCAGAGUAUAUCCAGGUGACCAGGCAGCUUCCUCGCGACAACUGGGAUAAACAGUUGGACUGGUCUCUGUCUCUGCGAGGUAACCUUAUUGUAGCUCUGGAGGAUGCCAGUCUGAUCCAGGUGAAUGUUGACAUCAAAGGACCUGAUAUAACAGUCCAAGGGAGGAGGAGGGAGAUCCUGAGUCCUGUGGAAGUGAUGGAAAAUGCAGGGGAAUUCUUAGCUCUGAAGCUGGUCAGUGGCCAAUAUGCAUAUAGUAUGGAAGCUACAUGUCCAAAUGUGAUCAUGCCCACAACAGGGGAGACAGUGCUGCACAUUUUCAAACGACACAUGGGUUUGACAAAGCGAGGCAGCUACCACACUGAGACUCUGACAGUCAGUAGUGUGUCAGUGAACCAGACGGAUAAAUUCACUGUGCAAGAGACAAGUGAAUUUGUGCAGCUGAUUAUUCCUACAGGCGAAAUCCUCCAGGCCAAGACCUGUGCAGACAGUACACAACUUUGGCAGCCGUUCUACAGGGUCGAUGUUGUGCUCACCUUCAAAGAGACACAUCACAAAAUGCAAUGGACCAUGGAGAACACACUGCCAUGCGCAGUCGGAGCAUAUGGUUUGCACAUCUGGGAGAUGCUAAGCAUGGUGGCACCCAACCCCCACCCGCUGCUCCUGUGA